AUGUCCUCCUCCUCCUCGUCAUCAUCAACCUCCCUCGAACCAACUCUCUACACCCUCCUCCCCUCUUCGCUCUUAUCCAAAUUCACCUCCCACCUAUCCCUCCAUUCAAUCCAUAUCGAGCCAUUCUCACUCAUCGACAGGAUAUAUACCAAUUCGAAUCCAAUAGUCAAAGGUCAAUUGCGAAAUUUGAGGUUCAGAUCCCGCAAAUUACCCACUUUAUCUUCGCUGAUAAAAGGGAAAGGUAAAGAUGAGGAGGGUAGAUGGGUACAUAACCUAAGUUAUGUAUCUGCUCCAUUGAGGAGUCAAGAGUAUUCUGAAAUUACCACUAGAGCUGUGAUAGGUUUGGAUAUAUUGGGUAUGGAAGAUGAAGAGGAUAUACAGGAUUUUAUUAAUAGUUUGGGAUUUGAACAUUCUCAUACGUACUAUUCUACAGGCCAAUUGUUCCAUAUCCCACUUCCACUGCCACUCCCUACACCUAAUCCUAUAACGUUACAUCUCUCCAUCACCCACUUAUCGGCCAACAAAACACACACCACUUCAAAUGAAAAUACAAAAAGCAAAAAUAACGAACCGUGGUUAAUCCAAUUGUAUCCCUCAAGACCAGUCAAUGCAGUUUCGAUCAAUGGAGAUCUGACUUAUUCAGAUCUGGUAGACUACAUGAGAGACUUCGUGGAUUCGUUAGGUAUAAAAGGGCUGGAUUGGAGCGUCGUAGGGAGGUGA